ACAGCCUUAGCCCAAUCCUUAAUCAGCUCUUAGUGAGUUCGGCAUUUGCAAUUGCAGGGAUUGCUUGAGAUCCCAAUCCUUCUUGCAGACCAAGCCCAACGGCAACUAUAGGUGUACAACGAGGAGGGAUACUUCUCCUGUGGAUUGCUCUUCGAUGACUGGCUUCAGUUCAAACUGUUUACCUCUGUCAAUCUGUAUAUUUUAGCAACCAAUCCAGAAGGGGUUUGGAUUGGAUUUCUUGGAUCAGGAUUGAAUUUUCUGUAAUGGGCCAUUCAGGGACAGAGAAUAUCCAAGAAAAAUUGAACCCAGAUUGGGAAAAAGCGUUCAAUCAGUACGAACAUCUCAUAUCCUCUGGGAAUGAGGCUAUGCGAAUAAAGGGCACAAUUAAGCUAGCCCAUCUCGCUAAACAUGGCCCUGAAAAUAUAUUAGCCUGUACCAUACCGAUCCUAGCCGAACUUCUUAGCAAUGGACCUUCUAGUAAUUCGAGUCAGCCUAUACAAGAAGCUGCUGUAUAUUGCUUAAAAUGUAUUGCUCGUCGAGGUGAUGGUGGGUUGGCAACAGAGAUAGGAGAAUCCGGUGCUAUACAAUCUAUUCUAAGGUUAUUGCCAGAUUCUGAUAAUGGUUUUCGGAUAGUUAUGAUAAAAUGUUUGUGGAUUCUUGUCAAUUUUGGCAGUAUGAAUCGCGAGAUAGUAGCUAGAAAUGGUGGACUGGAAAUUAUCAUCAAUAUGUUAAAUUUGCCCAUGGAUGCAACUAGGAGGUACUUGCUGGAGAUUCUGAGUGCAUUGACGCUGUUGAGAGAGGUUAGGAGGGUCCUUACCAGUUUAGGAGGUCUUCACUUUCUUGUUGAGGCUGCUAGGUGUGGUAGCAUGGUCUCUAGGGAAAGAGCUUGUCAAGCAAUGGGGUUGCUUGGGGUUACUAGACGUGCGAGGCGUAUGCUUGUUGAAUUAGGUGUUAUACCAGUGCUUGUUGAGUUGUUCCGAGAUGGGGAUAGUAGAACAAAACUUGUAGUGGGUAAUUCUCUUGGUGUGAUCUCUGCUCAUAUUGAUUACAUUAGGCCUGUUGCUCAAGCUGGGGCAAUUCCUUUAUAUGCUGAACUUCUUCGGGGACCUGAACCUAUUGGUAGGGAGAUUGCGGAGGAUGUGUUUUGUAUACUGGCUGUCGCAGAAGUGAAUGCAGUUGAGAUUGCUGAGCACUUGGUAGGGAUUCUUAGAGGAGGUGAUGAUGAAGCAAAGGCUGCAGCUGCUGAUGUUUUGUGGGGUCUCUCAAGUUACAAGCACUCUGUAUCUGUUGUGCGAAACUCGGGUGCAAUUCCACUUCUAGUUGAGCUUUUGAGAGAGGGAAAUAGUGAAGUUAGGGAAAAAGUGUCUGGGGCUAUUGCCCAAUUGAGUUAUGAUGAGGCAGAUCGUAUGGCACUCGCAAAUGCGGGAGUAAUCCCAUUUCUCAUUGAAUUGAUGCAUGAUGACUCUGAGGAACUGAGGGAUAAUGCUGCAGAGGCUGUUAUCAAUUUCUCUGAAGAUCCAUUGCACUGUGAUAGAAUAUCUGAAGCAAUUGAUAUUCCUGCUUUCCAAAAUAUGCGGAAUACGCUAAGUCAGAUUCGUGCUUCUGAUGAGCACAUGGUUAGGUCUUUGAGACGGAUGAGUAUUGACGAGCUUACUUGAGACCCAGAUCUUAUCUAAUUGUUCAAAUGGUAUCCCCUAUAAUCUCAACUCUUUAUGGAUUUUGUACAUAGUAGCAAUGUGUAUGCUUUUCUUUGUACCUUUGUUUUUCUUCCUUUCUUAUCUUUUUCAAAGAGCUAGUGGCUUGUUUGCGUAUUGACGUUCAAACUGCUAGGGUAUGUAUUUGCUGCCCUGUGGGUUCAAAAC